AUGGGUUUAUUGAGCUCUUGUAGACCUAAAAAGGAUAUCAAUAGAAACGAAAAGCGAACUGUUUUAAUCUUAUCGAUAAUUUUUGUGGCAAUUUUCAGCGGUUUUAUUGGAAUUCAAAACUUACAGAGUACUCUUAACAACGAGGCAGGGCGCGGAGUGAUUUCUCUGUCCGUGGUCUACGCUGGCUUCAUAGUUUCCUCAUUUUUCGCUCCUUCAUUUAUCAGGAUUUUGACCGCUAAAAAGUGUUUAAUCAUAGGGUUUAUUUCUCACGUGGCGUAUGCAGCAAGUAAUAUUUACGCUGUAUUUUGGACGAUACUUCCGGCCUCUACCUUUGUUGGACUGACUUCCGGGCUAAUAUGGACAUCGCAAGGGAUGUACAUAUCACGUUGUGCUAUCUCGUUCUCGGAAACACAAAAUUCUCCAAUGAAGGAUAGCUUUGGCAAAUUCCAUGGGAUAUUUUUCUUCGGUAUGGCAUUUCCUAGACUGGUUGGAAAUAUUCUUUCGUCUGUUAUCUUAAUGCAAGGGCAUUACAAUGAAACAACAGCCAAUGCUUCGGAUUCAUUCAGGAUAAAAUCAUGUGGAGCAGAUUUGUGUCCAGAACAUACCGUAACAGAUGAACAGUUCUCCUUGCCAGAUCCACUGACCGUCAAAAUACUCAUGACAGUGUUCGUAACGUCCAGUAUCAUUGGUCUUCUCUUGUGCAUUUUCUUUUUACCACCACUCCCAAAUCUUCUGCCGUCAUCACAGAAAAGCGCUUUAAGGAACAUGAUAUCAGCCUCUUGUUCAUGUCUGCGCGUAAACACUGAGGCAAAUCUUAUUCUUCUUAUCCCAUCCGCCCUAUUCCUUUCAUUUUUUGAGUCCUUCCUGUGGAUUGACAUCUCUAAGGCCUAUAUCAGCUGCCCCUUUGGUGUGAAGUACGUUGGAUUCUCAAUGGCCUUGCAAGGACUCUUCAGUGGAUUUUCUUCUGCUGUCCUUCCAGCACUUGCUAAAUUGAUCAGUAGAAAAUACGUGAUAUCUUUAAUAAUCGUUGGUAUCCUUGCUUCGCAUGUAGGCUUGUUUCUGUGGGAACCGACCAGUGACCAAUUGUUACACAUGCUGGGGUUCCUCUCUCUACAUGGAAUACUGGAUGGCGGAUUCCGUACUUUAAUAUUUACUGUAGUAUCAUAUAUGUACCCGAAAAAGACAGAUGGGGCCUUUGCCAGCAUAGCCACGUGGCGUGCGAUAGGCUACACAAUUAAUAUUAUACUGGCAUACUAUCUAUGUGUCAGAACGAGGCUAUAUAUGAUGUUUUCACUUGGUGCCCUUUCCUUAGUCACUUAUGUUGUGUUGGAGAUACGUCUGCGAAUGAAGAAGAAAAUUACCGAGAUUGCUAUUGAUGAGGGAAGUGAACAUAGUGUUGAAUCAAGGGAUUCUGGACAAUAAAUUAUACGGAAAA